CAGGAACCAUAUGCUUUUCUUUUGUUUCCGUGGGGAAGCAUUUAAUUGUAACACCAGCUAAUCAGAGUUGUGUCAAGUUAGCUUGAAUACUUCAUAACUUGCAAUUCUGAGGCCAGUUAAAUAAAAAAACAAACAUUUAAUUUAAUUUUUGAAUCGCGGUAACGCUUUCUUUGUGGACUACUUUACGAGUUAGAGCCAGUCGUAACAUUGAAGGUGAUAAUAAUGUUGCUAAAACAUGUCGGUAAAUUGGCACCAUUUUUGGGGGUUACCUGCACAAGUGAAAUAUUUGGACAGUCGAUAAAUGUCAGUUCUUCACAAGUGAAAGUCUACAGCUCUGCAGCGGGAGGUGAAAACACUGGAGCUGUUGCGGGACAGACUGUGGUCACAGAGCGCAGGGGAUGCGUGGUUGCCGUGGGGAUAAACCGCCCAGAGGUGCGUAAUGCAGUGAACCAGGAGACGGCGAGGCGUCUGCUUGAAGAGCUGGAGGCCUUCGACAGUGAUCCAGACUUCAACGUGGCUGUCCUGCAUGGGAUAGGAGGGAAUUUCUGCGCUGGUUAUGAUCUGAAAGAGCUGGCCAAUCACACAGCCCUCCUUAAAUUGGAGCAAGAUGUCACCAAGGGUCCUGGUUCGAUGGGUCCGUCUCGUUUAGAGCUCUCAAAGCCGCUGAUCGCAGCAGUCAGUGGUUUUGCUGUGGCUGGAGGGCUGGAGCUGGCCCUGCUGGCGGAUCUACGAGUGGUAGAGGAGAGCGCCGUCAUGGGGGUGUUCUGUCGCAGGUUUGGAGUUCCCCUGAUUGACGGUGGCACCGUGCGGCUCCCGCAUCUCAUUGGCCUUUCACAAGCCCUCGACCUGAUACUGACUGGACGGCCAAUAGGAGCACAGGAGGCCCUCGCCUACGGACUGGCUAACAGAGUGGUUCCGGAUGGCCAAGCUUUACAGGCGGCCCUGCAGCUAGCAGAGGAGAUCAGCUCCUUUCCUCAGCAGUGUCUGCGGGCUGAUCGCUCCUCUGCCAUGUACAGCUGCUACAACGCUCCAUCCUUCACACAGGCCAUGCAGUAUGAGAUAGACCACGGAGUUCCUGUCAUCAAAGCAGAAGCUGUCGCCGGAGCAACCAGAUUCUCUACUGGAGAGGGAAGAGGAGGAACAUUUUCCUAGGAGUUUUCUUUGCAGCAGACUUGUGAACAUUGAUUCUCAGCUGAUCAGUCACAUAUUGCUGCAUCUAAUCUGUCUGUUGUGCUAUUGUAUUAUUUUAUCGGGUUGCUAUUGGGAGAAGUGAGCAAUCAGAAAAGCUGUCUGUCCGAUAGCUCCAUAUGUUGUGCUAUUGUGGCCACAGCUAUUUUCAAAUGAGGAUUGUGUGGACUCAAGGUGACUGAAGGUUGGUAGAAAGCGGAACCCAACAUCGAGUAUAGACACAAAAGAACUGGUUAAUUAACUCUCAGUUUGUUUCAACAAAACUUUAGGUUUAACACAAUCCAAUUAAACCAGUUAUAAAUGUUCAAGAUUUAACAAAAAAGUCAUCAAGCUUCUUAUGUUGUAAUGUUUUGAAAGCAAAGCGGUGACAUAGGAAGACAGUGACUACAAAACAAAUGCAACACAUAAAAACAAAAAGCCAUCACAGGCAGAAAACCUGCAGUGGCUCAUCAUUAUUCAUUUGAGAUAAAAACACUUAAUUACUGGGAUAUGAUGUCUGUGUUGGUGCGUGUGUUGUGACAAAGUAUCCUAUGCAGUCUACUGUAAUUAUUGCAGAAGAUUCAGCACUUCUUGUCAGAUCUGUGCCAGGUGUAAGCAUUCCUUCGGUUUUGGAGAAUGCGUCCCCUUACUUUUGUGCGUUAGGGAGAUGUGUGUGUCUGUUUUAUCGUUGAGCACACAUACACGUUUGUCUCUGUGUUUGAAUUUGUCUGAACUCCUUCAUAACCUUUUAGUGCUCUUUAAUAAAAAUGCCUCGCAGAGAAGAAGUAAAACCAAGGUGUAUCAUGAUGUGUGUGUGUGUGUGUGUGUGUGUGUGUGUGUGUGUGUGUGUGUGUGUGUGUGUGUGUGUGUGUGUGUGUGUGUGUGUGUGUGUGUGUGUUUGUGUGUGUGUGUGUGUGUGUGUGUGUGUGAGAGAGCAAAAGAGAGAUAUACAAAGACCUCAUUAGGUCUAGGAGGUGUCCUGUCUAGACAGUGUGAUGACAGGACACAGAACCUCUGUUUAAUGUUUCCUCCUCCUCCUUCUGCUUCCAAUUCACCUAGCACACACACACACACACACACACACACACACACACACACACAUCACCUGCUCUUCUUCCGAGUCGCACACACACAGUUUAAUGUCAAGUAAAAUGAUUAGGACGUAAAGAAAAAAGAAAUGCUAUUGUCAAAAGAACCAAAGAAGAUGCUGACAUGUUGUGCCUCAGGUUAAUCACUCAUGAACUAUUACAUUCCUACUCUAAGUUUGGAUCUGGAAAAUGACUUUUUUUUUUUUUUGUAAUCAGUGCUUGAGCCAAAAAAGCUUCCUUGAUGGAGGCUAUGCUAGUAAAAUUACUUUUUUGUUGUUGUUGUUGCUGAGACCACUAAAUGGGUAAAAUUAUGCUGGAAUAAGGUUUCAUUAAAAAAAAAAAUCACACAUUCAAUUAAAUCUGAAUUUUCUGUCCAGCGUUUCUUAAAGUUUGAUGUAUCAGGUUGCCACUGUUAAAACAAAGACACACUUUUUCUUCAUAUAUUUUUGUCUCUACUAGUAUGAUAUUUAUUUUAGAAUUGUCUUAGAGAUAUAAAUAGAAGGCUUUUGAAAAUGCCCAGGCAAAUAUAUGGAAAACCCCUCAAAACAGACCUUUAAUAUGCUGUAACAGGACUUUGACUACAUUAAAUCGUUUUAUAUUUUA